UCGACGCGAUGUGGACGCCUGGUGCCGUCCUCGUGCUGGUGGCGCUCUGCAGCGCGGUGACCCGGGACCAGUUCUACCCCAACGGCCCUGGUCUGGACCAACGGUUACCCAGAGGAGCUGACGUAUCCUCACCUGAGAUACCUUUGAAAGUUCCCAUAGUGUUCUUCGGCGAGACAUACGAGUCUAUAUUUGUCAACAAUUACGGCGUGCUAUCAUUCAGAUCAGACAUCCCCACUUUUCUCAAUGCAGAGUUUCCUUUGCCCUACCCAUCAAUAGCAGCGUUCUACUCAAACAUAAACACCACUGAGACAGGCGCGGUCUACUACAGGGAAUCAAAUGAAUCCUACGUUCUUCUUAAAGCAGAAGAAAGCAUCCAAAACAAUUUCCACGAUUACUACGAUUUUAAGCCAACUAGCGUUUUCAUCGCUAGCUGGAUUGAAGUAUCUUCCUACUCCAGCAUACAGAGAUACGACAGAAAGAACACUUUCCAAAUUGCAGUAAUAAGCAAUGGCACGGAAAGUUUCGUUGAGAUUUUGUACCCCGAGCGAGAGAUUCAGUGGAUUCAAAGAGAAACGCCCCCAGGAGAGUUACCUGAUGCAAAAGCUCAAGCUGGUUUCGUAGCGGAAGACGGCCGUCUCUUCACUCUCAGGGGUUCUGGCAGUCACCAAAUUAGAAACAUCGUCUCAUGGUCGAACACCCAGGAACCUGGAAAAUACGUGUUUCGGGUAGGAAACAUACCAAGAGAAGGCCUGGUAGUAGUUCCUGAUCAGUACGAUCAAUACGAAGUUGAAGUGGCUGAAGAAUCUAAAACCUGCGCUCAGAGCGGUCCCAGCGUGUGCCAUCUGCAAGCGAGAUGCGUCGACUAUCAAGCCGGAAUCUGUUGUCAGUGUAAAGAGGGCUUUUAUGGAAAUGGAAAAACUUGCAUCAAAAAUGAUGUUCCAAUAAGAGUGCACGGGAAACUUAAUGGAGUAAUAAAUGAUGAGAGUUUUAAUGACGUCGAUAUACAAGCGUAUGUGGUCGUCGCCGAUGGACGGUCAUACACAGCUAUAUCACAAGCCCCGAACGGUUUGGGAGGCAGUUUGCAACUCUUAAAUGUUCUCGGUGGAGUAACAGGGUGGUUGUUUGCGAAACCAUCUGGUACAGCGAAAAAUGGAUACCAACUAACAGGAGGCGUCUUCAAUCAUACCGCAGAUAUCUUUUUCCCCGAAUCUGGUGACAGAAUAACUAUUAAUCAAGAAUAUAUUGGCCAGGAUGUGUUCGAUCAGGUAGCCAUGGAUACAGAUAUACGGGGAACUCUACCACGGAUUAGUCCUGGAUCCAGACUUGAUAUAACCGAAUACGAAGAGCAGUACACUAUUGUUGAACCAGGUCAAAUACACAGCGCGUCAGACCGGACCUUCUCAGACAGAACAACGGGCCAGAAAUAUGUACAGAGGAUUUCACAAACGUUUUCAUAUAACCCUUGCAAAUUCGCGCCUUCUUCGGAAGAGUCACACUUAACUUUGAAAGUUUACAAGAAUUAUUUAGGUUACGAACCGAGGGAAAACAUUGUAAGAUACGGCACCAGUAACAAAAUUCAAGAAAUUGGUCGCGAAGAUCCCUGUAUAAAGGGCCGCUUGGAAUGUGCUCCCCACAGCAAGUGCAUUGCCCAAGGAGAUUCGUUUACGUGCGUCUGUGAAACAGGUUUCACUAGCCUUUACUACGCUGAAAUAACUGUAUGUGUUGAUGUCGAUGAAUGCGAAGCUGGAACACACAACUGUGAUACCAACGCCGAUUGCAAUAAUCGCGACGGCAGUUUUGAGUGUAGAUGUAGACCCGGUUAUGAAGGCAAUGGCAUAAGUUGUAAUCGGGUGUCUCAGUGUAGAAACAAGGCAUGCGAUCCAAACGCGCAAUGUAUAGACAAUAAUUCUGCCGCGGAAGCCAUAUGUAUAUGUAACCCCGGAUAUACUGGAGAUGGAAUAAGUUGUUACGAUACCACGUGCAGUAAUUGUUCCCCGUACGCAUAUUGCGGUUUCCCAGAAGGGAAUACCAAACUCCAGUGCCGAUGCAACCCUGGCUAUGUCGGCGAUGGUUACAAUUGUGUUUAUGCUUACUCAUCCACUGAACCAUAUAUCGACACAACUACAGUAGAUGACGUAACGGAACCUUUUGAAAUAUCUACUUUACAAUCAACUACCCCUGCCUUAUCUGAUACCGAAUAUAAUGAACAUUAUGUGCUACCGAAUUGCGAUAACUUCGGUUGUGAAUGCCCUUCUGGGUAUUCUAGUUUCAAACAUAGAGGCAACGAUUUGUGCCGUAUCGACAUUUACGGUGGUGAUAACAAUGAGGAAAAGAAAGACAACUCAAUCACGUGCAACAGCGAUGCAGACUGUCCACCAAAUGCGAUUUGCUCAUUCGCACCAGAAUCAUAUUUAUCCAAUGAUCAGGAACACGGCCAGUGUGUAUGCCCCGAAGGAUACGAAGGCGAUGCGUACGAAUGUAUCGAACGCUCAGGAACCAGCUGCUCAUGUGGCCCCAGUGCGCAUUGCAUUGACACAGCCGCGGGAGAACUAAUAUGCGUGUGUGACUUAGGUUACCACGGAGACGGUUACGUGUGCAGACCGAACUUCAGUUGUACAAAUAAUUCCGACUGCGAAUACUACGCUGAAUGCCAACCAGACCCGAACACAGGGGAGAAUGUGUGCCAAUGUAUCGACGGGUACAUCAAGGAUCAGAGCGACGCGUGCAUUCCUGACCAACAACUCUGCAAUGGAGCCGUGUGUGCCCAGCACGCGUCCUGCUUAUACGACGAUACCAUUCAAAUGAGUUAUUGCCACUGCGACAAAGGUUACGAAGGUGACGCAAUCCUGAAAUGUGUGCCAAUAGCACAAACCUGCGAAGUAACCCAUGAAUGCGGCAUUAACGCUAUAUGCACUCCUAGUGAAGGAUCCUACAGUUGCGUCUGCCUCGAGGGAUUCUUCGGAGACGGUUACACGUGUACCCAAGAUUGCAGGACUAACAUCAAUCUAUGCGAUGUCCAUGCUUACUGCGUCAAAACAACUGACGCUUACGAAUGCGAAUGCAAAAACGGAUACACUGGCAAUGGGAACAAUUGCGAUCUGAUUCCGAGGGAAGCUGGUAACUUCCUUGUUGCUAGUGAGGGAGCAUCAGUGUAUCGAGUGCCUUUUUCGGUGACGCUGAGGAACUUUGCGACGCCAUUGAAUAGUGCUGUUUAUCAAAUCGCAGUUGGACUUGAUGUCGACUGUCUGGCUGGAAACAUUUAUUGGGGAGACGUAGGAGCCAGUUCUAUUAAACGGACGUCUUACGAUGGUUCUCGAUUUGAAGAGUUUCUAUCAAAUGGAGUCCAAUCUCCAGAGGGAAUAGCAGUUGAUUGGGAAGCAAGAAACAUAUUCUGGACGGACUCCAAAAAGUUGACAAUCGAGGUCAUCAACAUAGAUACUAAGUUGAGAAAGGUGUUGUUCGAGAAAGAUGGCAUAUCAAAUCCCCGCGGAAUUGCAGUGCAUCCUGGAAUUGGAAAAGUUUUCUGGUCGGACUGGUAUCGCUCUGGGCCGAAGAUCGAAUGGGCGAACAUGGACGGUUCCCAGCGAGGUGUGUUCCUGGACCAGUCAGAUGUCAAGUUGCCAAACUCCUUGGCUAUAGAUUGGAAGAGGGAUAGACUCUGCUACAGUGACGCUGGUCUCCUUAUCAUCAAAUGCGUGAGCAUUCAAACCAUGGAGAGAGAAAUCAUCGCGGAAAAUUGCUCAUACCCAUUCGGUCUUGCUAUCAACGGAGAUACGUUCUAUUGGACGGAUUGGAAAACGCGGAAGAUCGAGUUCGUUAACCAUUUGACCCAAGUCAAGGGUCAAGUGCCAGUCGCGAUUGCGUCCAGGAGGCUGUACGGGGUCGCAGUGGCCCCCGACCGCUGUCCCGACCAACGUAACGUGUGCGGAAUAAGAAAUGGUAACUGUGGCUCCGACCAGAUAUGCUUACCGAACGGUCAGGGAGGCAGGACUUGUGUAAGUGGGAAUUAAACUACUAGGGCCUUAUAAAUAGACGUGGCAUAACGUCGGAGUAGUUAUUCAGCGUUUUAUCAGUCUGACAUUUACACUGGAAUUCAUAGACAAAGUCCUCAGCUCAGCGAACGAAAAAAACAUAGAAGUCGCCCUUCCUAAUAAAUUAAUAUCAGCGCACGUACAAAUAAUUGAAUCGCAAAAUAGAUGAUUGGUUCUACUGUAUGUCAUGCAGCACGGGACGAGCCGAAAUUUGCCGAAAUAUUUUCAUUCCUUUUAAGUACCUAAAUUUGUGCGUAUACACACACACAAACACACACGUGCACACACGUUUUUGUCAGCAUGCUAACUAUUAGAGAACUCAAAACACCAUUGGUGUGUCCUUUGUUACAUCUCUAGUACCUAAUUAUUUCAAUGACUUAAUCAAUGUUUGGGAAGGCACUGGCCCCUAAGAUACGUUACUUUACUAGUUUUGGGGUCAGGAUUCCAAAUAAUGAUUGCACUGAGUUUUACUAAUAAAGAUUUUUCGAUUUUCUACCUCUACUUCUUGAAAUGACUGAGUCAGUUGACAUUUAAGGUUAAAGUGAUACGCAUAGAUAAUUCUGUAUGUAUGAAACCAAAGAUUACUAAUCUAUUUAUUUAAACAUGUCUAUGAAAGACCACAAAAGAUGGUUCAACAUUGAGCCCCGUAAUAAAUGUUGAAUGUUAUAUUUUGGGGGACUGUUCAUCUCUCGGCUAUGAAUUCCAGUGCUAAUAUUGGACAGAAGCAGGCGUUACUUUGCGGAUUUCCAUCACUGGCAAUGACCCUUAAGCUAAAUUUCUAUACUCCGAAAAGCAGGAGAAUCUAUAGGGUGCAAUUUAUAAUUUCUUCAAUCUUUAUACUCCACACAAAAUAGAUCUUCCACAAUGUACUCUGUACGCACGUUCGCUCCGACACCUUCACAUCCUUAGAUUUUGACUUUACAAUGAUGGCUUAUAUUCAUCUCCUGAAAAUGCUCUACAGACGAUCUGUUUGUUGUGGAGUAAGCCUAAAGAUUGAAGAAAAUAUAAACUGCACGGUACAGAAUCUCUCCUGCUCUUCGCGAAGUAACUUUCAGUUGAAGUGUUUCACUUAUUUAACUAUUCCGAAGUUAUUUUGUACGGCCUCUAGAUUACAUCCUUCAAGUCCGGGUGGGUAAAGUCGACACUGCCCGAGCAAACUCUUACUUUCACGGAAUUUAUGUAGCCUUAGUAGGUACAAGAUUCCCUCGCUCGCAAAUCGAGUUAAAACGUACUAUAUCCUUUUUACCUCUGCCUUUAUAAUAUCGAGCCGUGCAAACUUGAAUUUAGUCCACCUUUUUCCGGAACUUAAGCAGUUUCAAUAUCGACUUUGCAUACCCAGUGGACUUUGCUCAUAUCAUUAUUCUUCUUCGUUUAGUAAGAAGAUGAUUUUUCAAAAACACCAACUUUACAAAUAAAGGUACUAAACAUAGUUUUCAAUUCAAAAUUUGAAAAAGCUUCAUACGAACCCCGCAGGGUGAUAACGUAUCUCGCGACAGCAAUGCGACAGGCGUAAAUCUUGC